UUGAGUUGCAUCUUUAAUUCCUGCAACGCUCUAUCACUUUUCCCCAUAUCUAUUUGCUUGCAUCCAAAUCAUUAAUUCAUCGUUCCAAACUUCCAACCCAACCAACUCACUGGGCAGCGCACACUCUCUCUCUAUGCUGCUUCCUAAAAGCAAUGGUUUCCAAAGCCUUAUCUGUGCCCAUUUUAUUUGCUGGAUCAGCUCUCGUUCUUUUUCUCUUUCUCUGUCUCUUUGUCCCUGUUUUCUUCGACCUCCCUUCUAUAUGUUACACUAACCCUAGGAACCUCAACAGAGUAGAUAAUGGCCAGAUCCAGUUUCAGGGAGGUAUUAAUUCCAUCACUCAGUCUAAAGAAUACAGUGAGAGAGAAAACCAUGGCGAGAUCCAGUUUCAGGGAGCCAUUGAACCUAUUGGACCUUCAAGGGAAGAUAUAGAAUGGGUGAAGGAUCAGUUGCAGAGAAAUAGUUUGGGAGAACCACCCAACACAACAGAAGGUUGGCAUGCUCUUCGAAAGGGGAUCAAUCCUCGCACUCGAGCUCAACAGCUUGAAGAUCUCACCAAGUUCAAGGGAAUUUCACACUAUGAAGAUGGCACGAAUGAUCACACAGCUCUACCUUGCCCCGGGGAACUUCUUGUAGAGGAGCACCACAGCAACUAUGGAGAGCCUUGGGCAGGAGGGCGGGAUGUGUUUGAAUUUCUUGGAAGCUCCGUUAAAUUGAAGCCAGGUGACCUUGUUUUAGAGAUUGGAUGUGGCACUUUGAGGGUGGGACUGCAUUUUAUUCGUUAUCUAGACCCUUCCCAUUUCCACUGUCUCGAAAGGGAUGAAUUGUCACUCAUGGCAGCCUUCAGAUACGAGCUUCCUUCACAUGGUCUCUUGCACAAGCGUCCUAUAAUUUUCAAAGGAGAAGACAUGGACUUUAGUGGGUUUGGGUCAGGGGUCACAUAUGAUCUUAUUUAUGCAAGUGCAGUUUUUCUCCAUAUGCCAGAUGCUCUUGUUUGGGUUGGCCUUGAAAGGCUUGCUUCGAGAUUGAGGCCAUACAAAGGGCGCAUUUUUGUUUCUCACAAUAUAAAGUUUUGUACCAGAUUGCGUGGAGAAGAGUGUGCACAACGGCUUAAAGGGCUUGGUCUCGAGUAUGUUGGGAAACAUACUCAUGAUAGCCUCUUGUUCAAUCAUUACGAGAUAUGGUUCGAGUUUAGACGGUCUGAGUCUGGGGCUUAGAUUUCACAAUCAGAUAUGAUUUGUGCUUAGACAAUCUUCAUCUGGGGUUUAGAUUUCAUUGGAGGCUUCACUUUUGCUGGAUGUUGAUGGUUGGUCAUCUAAUCUGAUAUUUUUCAUGAGGAGCAAGAUGGUAGAUUGGAUUCUAAUUUUUGAAGUGGACCUUCUGUUUGUGCUAGAAAAUGUGGGGAUUUCAUGCUUAUACAUUUCAUGCCUGAUGCAAUUUCUUGAAAUAUUUUUUUCUCAACAUUGGAGAGAAGAUUAUUGUUGGAAACUGGUUGUGGUAAAUCCAUUUUUGUAUUUUGGAAAAUGAGUAAAAUAGUUAAUCAGAAGUCAGAACCCUUCCAGUGUC